AUGGCUGGACUGGCGACCCGUUACCCUGCCAAUGGUACGUGGUCUACCUCUGCGGUCAUUUACCAGGGUGAUUGCGGGAUCAUUAAACGAUGGGACUUUGCAGCGCACUUGAUUAUCAACGUCUUGGGCACAUGCAUACUGGCCGCCAGCAACUACUGUAUGCAGACAUUGGUUGCUCCAACAAGGGAGGAGGUAGAUGCCGCCCAUGCCUGUGGAAGGUGGCUUGAUAUCGGGGGUGCUAGUGUCAAGAACCUCCGUGCGAUUGGGCGAAACCGGCUUAUCUUGUGGAUCAUAUUGAUGCUAACUGCAUCACUUUUCCACCUCAUGUACAACUCUAUGAUCUUCGAAUCAUUGUCCACCAACGAAUUUGGGGCUUUUGUCGCGCCGAAGGAUCUCAACUCGUCGAAUGUGAAUUCCCUCACUACUCCGAUGCUUGAAAAAUGUUUCAAAUGCCCAAACACUGGCACGUAUGAUUCUCCUCUCAAUUGGGAUGAUGUUGCCUUGGAAAUUGCGAAUGAGAACUACGAGCGGUAUGACCUGGCGACAUGCAGUUCAUUUUCCAACAUAAUGACGGAUGAGACCACCUCAAGGCCGGGUACUAAAGCACUGAUCAUGCUUGCUGAGAACUUGACUGUGAGUGACGGGGGAAAUGCGUCUAUUCUGACUACGGACAACACAUAUGGUUUUCAAAACCAGAGCGUUUUAGCGAUCCCCUUUUUUAAUGCAAGCGAGGGUCAUGGCGCCUCUUCAGAAUGCCAGACUUCAAAUACUGUGGCGGUCGCAUAUAUUAAUUUGAGUUAUGAUCCUCCUGAAGGCUAUUACCUACCAUCGAUGAAUUACUCAGUCAAAGAGUGUUUGAUGAUCAAGGCCAGGAACACUGUCAGCUACUAUAUAGCCCGCCUAUUUGCAUUGCAAUUGCGCUCGCCUCGAUUGAAAGUUGCUGCCAUGUUUUUCGCUGCUCGAGUGGGGCGCACUCAAUCGCCACCACUUCUCACCGUUGGAGAUGCCAUGUCGUCAUUCCUGUCCAGACCUGACCCUACAACGAAAAAUAUGUGCUGGAUGUCCCACAAAGACGUUUCCUGUGGAUACUGGAAGGGGUUGCGUGAAGAUGAUAGCGUCUCACUCCAAAGACCGCUUUCAAAACCGAAACACUGGUUCAGAGCAGCUCCUAGUUUCAGAUGGAUCGCAGCUCUGCUUGUACGUCUUUCAUGCCUUUGUACGGCUGUUGGUCUGUUCGCAAGUCCAAGCACCGAUCUGCGAGAUCAGGUUAACUUGAGCGAUUUCUCUAAAAUCUUUUCAUCCAAUAUAGACGAGGACAGCCUUUUCACGAUCGGGGCAGACUUUCCCAAUGCAGGCAUGUUGACCUUUGUGAUGGUUGCCAACUUACCACAGCUCCUGGUUACUAUGAGCUACUAUUGCUAUAACGCAGUGCUUACCAGUAUGUUGGCUGCUGCUGAGUAUAGCUCCUAUGAACUCAAACGCAAAGCCCUGCGUGUCACUUGGCCGAUCAAGGGUAGUCAACAGCAGUCGACAUAUUGGCUUAGCAUACCGUACCGCUACAGUAUUCCAAUCCUCAUCCUCUAUACGGUCCUCCACUGGAUGAUUUCACAGACUCUCUACUACCUGUCGUUGAUUCCAUACACCCCACAAAAUACUCCAUACAAUUCGACAAUCGACUCGCUCGUAUGCUCUCCCACCUUCGCCCUUUUUGCGAUUCUGGUCGGGGCUAUCAUGUUAAUCAUAUUGGGUAUAUUAGCAUUCAGACGCUUGAAGUCCAGCGCACCAGUGGCCGAUUCAUGUUCAGCUGCCAUAAGUGCCGCUUGUCAUCCACCCACAGGCGAGGACUUGGACAUUGCAGUUCGGAGCAAAGUGAAGUGGGGUCAGACCACUUCCCUUCUUGUCGGGUCGGUCGACUCUGAGGUAGUUGAGUCGGUAGAGGGACAUUGCAGCUUCACGUCACUGCAUACGGUGAAACCCACAUUGACCAAGCUAUAUGCUUGA